AUGGAGGAUAAACUUAAAAAGGAACUGCAGACGAAUACUUUAGAAGUCGUAGACGAUAUUAGUGGCGGCUGUAUAAGUAGUAGCAAAAGUUACCUAACUGACUCUGGAAGAGUCUUUAUCAAAUUCAACAAGAAAGAACAUGCUGCCAGAAUGUUCAACGGCGAAAUGGAAGGUUUAUUGGCGAUCGUAAACACUCAAACUAUUAGAGUGCCUAAGCCGAUCAAGGUUAUACAAUUUGAAAAUGUAAAUGCUUUGGUAAUGGAGUAUUUAGAGAUUGUCAACUUAAGUAGGUAUCAAGCUUCACUAGGCGAGCAGCUGGCAAGGAUGCACUUACGAAAUUUACAAAUGAUUGAAAAUGAAGACCGGUUAGGCACCCCUAUAGAUCAAGAGAAGGCUAUACGAAAAUUUGGAUUUCAUACCACAACUUGCUGUGGUUAUAUCCCUCUUGAUAAUACAUGGUGCAAUAGCUGGAUAGAAUUUUUUACGCAACGAAGACUAAAAUAUCAAGUUAAUUUAAUAGAUCGAACGUAUCAAGAUCCGGAGCUUCGACAUUUAUGGCCGUGUCUUGAAAAUAAGAUUAACCAAUUUUUUAAAGAGAUUGAGAUUAAACCAUCCCUGCUUCAUGGGGAUUUAUGGAAUGGGAAUGUGGCCGAAACUCCAGAUAUGCCAGUUAUAUUAGAUCCAGCAUGCUUUUAUGGUCAUUCCGAAUUUGAUUUAUCUAUUGCCAAAUUAUUUGGGGGAUUCAAAAGUGCGUUUUACACAUCCUAUCAUAAACUAAUUCCUAAGAAACCUGGAUUUGAUAAACGUCAGGAGCUUUAUGCCUUGUUUCACUAUCUAAAUCACUGGAAUCAUUUUGGAAGCAGUUACCGGUCGUCUUCUAUUGAAACGAUAAAAAAAUUACUUCGAUGGAUGAAAUGA